CCCAAGGCAAGAGUAGAGUUCCGUUGCGAAUCAUCAUCAUCGCCUCGAGCAAAAAAAAAAAAAAAUACCCCGUCGCCGUCGCCGAUUGCUCCUCCUCGGAAGGAAACUCGGUUUUAACACCAGGAAAACUCCCUCCACCGCUCGUCGUGUGUUCUUGUGUGUGUUUUUUUGUUGUGUUAUUGCGUGUACGUGCGCCAGGAUAACGCUGCUGGCGCUAGUGAAACAAAGCUAGACCACCACCAAGUCCAGUAUCCAGUAUCCAGCAAACAACAACCGUCAUCAAUCAAACACCUUCAGCCAGCCAGCCAGCCAGCCAGCCAGCCAGCCAGCCAGUGCGUAUUGAAGUAGUGACGUGAAGUGACAACAAACACAGGAGUGGUGACAGGAGCUCUGUGAUAGUAUAGUGCUGCAGGAGCAGGAGCAGAAGGAGAAGAAGAAGAAGAAGAAGGAGUAAUAGUAGACGCUAGUAGUAGACGCUCCAGGCGCGCGCGCUCGUAGAGGAGGAAGCGAAGGAGAAGAAGGGGUGGUUGCGUUUUUUUGCCAUUGGGCCCCCCGUCCCCACACCAGCCGCCAGGAUACUGUCGUACGGGGCGGACGCCGAUCCGGCCGCCAUGAUGAACGAUCCGGCCGCCCUCGGCAUGAUCCCGUUCGAUACGAUCGGGCUGUACGAGCAGCCGAAGCCGCGCUUCAUCUUCAAGAUGCCGCGCGUCGUCCCGGACCAAAAGUCCAAGUUCGAGAGCGACGACCUGUUCAAGAAGCUCAGCCGCGACAGCGAGGUCCGAUACACCGGGUUCCGCGAUCGUCCAAUCGAGGAGCGCCGGGGUCGUUUCCGCGCUGGAUGCUGCGAGGGCCACACGGAAGUGUCGUUCGCCGCCACCGGCAUCAACCUGCAGCUCGUGUUCAACCCGAACCAUGGCCUCUAUCACCACCCGCACCAUCACCACCAUCACCAUCCGGCUCAUCUCGGGCUCGAGAAGGAGUGUGACUUCGACAAGGAGCACGGCAAGGUUCACAUUAAAUCGCACUUCAUCAUGAACGGCGUGUGCGUGCGGUUCCGGGGCUGGCUCGAUAUGGAGCGGCUAGACGGCAUCGGGUGUCUGGAGCUGGACGAGAAGCGGGCCGCCCAGGAGGAUGCGAUCUUGCGCGAGCAGCUCGAACGGUACAACCAGCGGCUGCGCGACUUCGAGGACAAACAGCGCACCUACCAGCGCACCACGCAGGACGAGUUCGAGCAAAUGCGCCGGAAUGGUUCCGGUAUCGGUGUCGGUGUGACCGCCGGUGCGUCCGGCAUGUGGCGACGAUAAGCUCCACACAGACGAGCGCGUGCACAGAUUGCGAGAGAGAGAGAGAGAGAGAGAGAGAGAGUGAGAGAGAAAAAGAGGAUAUGAGAGUUGUGCCAAACCUGUCGAGACGGGGAGGUGGAAGAGGGGAUGCUGUGGGGGUGCUCGUAACAACCCCCGACAUGCCCGGUACGUAUAGCGACACACACACACACACACGCGCGCGUAAUCACGCACAUACACAUACACUUCUCGUAUCCAGGAUCCUCCCACCCCUUCCCACUCCCUGUGCUCCUUCGUGUGGCGGCGGCAGGUACCGUCGGUUUUUUCUUUGGCAUGCACGUGUUUGUGUGUGUGUGUGUGUGUGUGUGUGUGUGUGUGUGUGUGUGUGUGUGUGUGUGUGUGUGUGUGUGUGUGUGUGUGUGUGUGUGUGUGUGUGUGUGUGUGUGUUAGUGCGUAAUCUAGAGGAGAAUCCUACGGAAGAUCGAGGAAGAAUAGUAGGGGCCAGGAUCAGGAUACACCGGACAAGUUCACGGUUCACUCCACAAAUGGAGUUCCAACCCUCCUCCCCCCCCCCCGGAUUGAUCCCUAGAAUCUCUAGUAAUCCAUGGACCCAGCAUGCUCAUGAGAGAAAUGUCAGCAAACACACACGCACUAGCACUUCAUCCCCCGUCACGCCCCUUAACGGAACGUCCCAUUCUCCUCCUUCUCCUCCCACCCACCCCACCCCCGCCCCCUCCUUCCCUCCCUACCUCGCCAGCCUACCGUGGCAUAUUGUACAUACUAAUAAUUAAGGCAAAAUGGCGUAGGGUUUUGCAGGACAGAAACAGAAGUCGAAGAGUCCGAGCAAUUCACCGACGACGACCAUUCUGGCAAAACGGCCUGCCAAAGAUAACAGACCCAGUCACCCUCACAAUGACUGGACUGGACCUGUAGGAUGGGGGGAGAGUGGGGGGGGGGGAGUUAGCCUCCUCAUUUACAAACACACACAUGCACACACGAACAUGCACACGCACAGCCGACAGCCAUGGGAUGGAAUAUAGUAGAUGCUAUGACGUCAGGCGCACCAGGAUGCCCCGAGGGGCCGAGCUAGGCGAUGCGGGAUGCGAGAUGAGCCAAAUGUAUAGAUAUAGUACAUCAGCAAUGCCAUGCCCAAGCAAAGGCACCCCACCACCACCCACCCACAACACAGAGAGACGCGCCUGCCGCAACUGAUGUCCCUUGUUUUUUUUUUUCUUCUUUUUUUUGUCGUGGAUUGUGUCGAUAAGCUCGUCUCGUUACUCGUGUGCGUGUUACGUGAUUGUGUAAUCAGUGAUCAGUACUGUUAGGGCACCACAGGGCGCAGCACGAGAAAGAAUCGUUCUCGUCGUCGUCGAAUGUUUCCGAUUCCUGAUCAAGGUGUACAUCUCGAUGUCAAUCCAAGCCACUACCCAAAGUGUGUGUGUGUGUGUGUGUGUGCGUGUGUUUGUAAACGCGUAUGUGUGUUGGCGAGGACGUGUGCGACCACUUUUGACGACCAAUUGUUUCUGCCAGUCGAUUGGCAUUGGUCGGCGCAGAGCUUGAGCGCUCUAUCUCUUCCUUUAUCUGCUUCAUGAUUCGCGGUGUGUGCGUGUGCCUGUGUGGGUGUGUGUUUGUAUGUGUGUGUUGCAUUUGUUUAACUAUGUGUAGGACAGCCGUACAGCCUAGUAACCUUAUUCGUAUUAUUAUUAUUUUAUUUUUAACUGAUCGAUUAUCCUUACUCUCCUUAUUAACAUUAUAACUAUUAUUAUUAUUAUUAUUAUUAUUUUUCUUUUGAUUUUAAAUUUUACUUUUACUAUUAUUAUUAUUAUUAUUAUUAUUAUUAUUAUAAUUAUUAUUAUUAUUAUUAUUAUUAUUAUUGCCCUUGCCCGCCUUACUAUCCUAGCAGGCCUCUAGGAGCGUCGUGUUAGUCUCGUGUGUAUCGCUCAAAGCUUGCCGAUUGAAGAAUUGAUGCAGUGGGCAGUGUGUGUUUAGGCAAGCAGUGGUGCAAAUGUGUGCGCUCUAGGAGCCCCCUAGAAAAAGGGUUAAAAGUAAAACUAAAACGGUCCAACGGCCGAAUGAGUCUGUAUCCGGUGGUUGAUCAGUUGAUUUGACAGCAGCGUUCAUGCCGGCGGCCAAAAUCCCCGUCGCUUCCUGAUGCUGUUGCUGGGAUCAUCAGCACCUCGCUAGGUUUUCUUAAUUCCUGGGACCUGCUUGCCAGGCUCGUUUUGCCACAGGUUUCGCUUCCGUUACGUUUUCCCUGGUUUUUGAAACAUUCUUCCUGGCCAUUCCAGCGGCCCCAGCUAUCCCACACACAAGGUACGGGCCGGGCUGGCUGGCCUUUUCGUGUUUAUCGUUUGAUUUUGUGUGACCAAAAUGAAAAAAAAAACUAGAUAAAUCGAUUAGUGCUCGGCGCCGACAGGAGAGGUUGAAUAGUAAUUGCAAAAAAAAAAACCGACGAGCCGACGAACGGCAGGACCUAGGAAUAUGGAAUCGUGAGAGGUGGGAUUGCGAAGCGGAUGAAGAAAAGAAAAGAAGAAAACUCGAAAAAACAUAAACAUACAAACGACACAAAUAUGGAGAGCGAGAGAUAGAGAGAAAGAGAGAGGGGGGGUUGAUGCAGGGGUUUGAUAAUUAAAAAAGCGCUACAAAUAGGCAAGAGAUAGAACAAAGAGAAGCACUAGGAGGCGUGGUAACUAAAGGGAAACUAGAAAAGCAACAAAAAAAACAAAAAAAAACAAAAACACACGAAACGGCAGCAAGCAAAACAGCGAAGGAGCAAGAGGCGCAUAAUAAAACAACUAGAAAAAGAAAAGAAAAAAGAAAAGAGGAAAAUUAAAACACACUCACACAGAAAACGCGAGAAAAACGCGCGAGUUUGAAAAAUCAGUGUAUCAGUCGCCGAACAAGAUUAGAGUAGAAACAUUCGGUAACGGUGAUGAAAAGCCGGCGGACGUGUCCAGUCACUCCAGAAAACAGAUAGAACCGAGAGAGAGAGAGAGACAGAAGAGAGAG